AUGGAUAGGCAUGUCUCUGGCAUUUCCAGCUUCCAGGAAGAAGAUUUUGUCUUGAUGGAUGUGGAUGUGGAGUUCUUCACUACUCUUUUGAUCACCUUGUGUGCAAUUUUGCCUGUAUUGAGUAGUAGAUUAGCUGCUGGAGCAUCAAAUUCAUUUGAUGUGGUAAAUUAUGGAGCCGUUGGAGAUGGCAGAACUGAUGAUUCCAAAGCUUUCUUGAAUGCAUGGGAAGCGGCAUGUGGAGAUGCUUCUGGUUCCCCCACCCUCAUCAUACCAGCCAUGAAGACGUUCUUGUUGCAUCCGGUGGAGUUCAUUGGUCCCUGCAAGUCCAAUAAUGUUUAUGUUCAGGUUCUAGGGAACAUAAUCUCACCCAGUGACAAAUCAGCUUGGAGUGACUCCACAAUGGGUAAAUGGCUUUCCUUCGCGCAUGUAAAUGGUCUCACCAUCAAUGGACCAGGAUAUAUCGAUGGCCAGGGUUCUACCUGGUGGAAACAAUCAUGCGAAAACAACGAGUUAUAUGCAACGAAAUGCCAACGACCAACGGCACUACUCUUUAACCAAUGUAACGGGCUUCGAGUAGAUGGGCUGCAUCACGUCAACAGCGCGAAGAAUCAUAUCUCUAUACACAGCUGCAAUGAUGUAACUUUGAACCAACUCAAAGUAACUGCCCCAAAAGACAGUCCAAACACAGACGGUGUUGACAUAUCCAAUUCCACCUAUGUUAGAGUCAUGAACUCUGACUUUGAAACGGGUGAUGACUGUAUUGCUAUUAAUUCUGGCUCCUCCUUCAUCAACAUCACUUAUGUCAACUGUGGACCUGGUCAUGGGAUAAGUGUGGGGAGCUUGGGAGUAUCAGGAUCUUAUGCCACUGUGGAAGAAGUACAUGUGGAGCACUGCAAUUUCUUUGGAACUCAGGCUGGAGCAAGGAUCAAGACAUGGCAGGGGGGAUCUGGGUAUGCCAAGAGGAUCUCCUUCAAUGCAAUCACAGUCAAAGAAGUGGAUCACCCUAUUAUCAUUGAUCAAUAUUACUGCCCUCAUGAUAAGUGCGAAAAUACAACCUCAGCAGUUGAAGUGAGUGACGUGACUUACAGUGGAAUUAUUGGAUCUUCAACCAGCGAAGAUGUUAUCAGUCUUCGAUGCAGCGAGAGUGUUGCUUGCACAAACAUUGUGAUGAACUACGUUAACAUAACAACAACAGCUCCAGGAAAAGAAGCUCGCUCUUACUGCUUAAAUGCUCAUGGAAGUUCCAAAAAUACAAAUCCUCCUGUAUCUUGCCUAUAGUAAUUAUGCCCGUGGUUAUCCUGGUUCGAUCAAGAAGAGAUGUACUACAUUAAGAGUUUAGCUAGGCAUGGAUGUAAUUUCUGUGUUGAAUAAUGCAUGUAGUCCUUUAGCAGGCUUUCCUCUGCCGUUGUUAA